UACGCGGAUGCCAAGUUGUCCUGGACGGGGCGCCAUAGGACGUUCGCUGAGGUAGGGAAAAGGGGAGGUCUGGUGUGGACGCCACGGUGAAGACGAAGCUUGUCUCCACACAAAACAGCUCACAGAGCACGUCAACCCGCCCACCUUUUGCUUCGUUUUAACGUGGUAUCGUAUCGCACUUCCACACAGUUUGACCAUUUAAGUUCGUUUUUAAGCAGCGACGAGCCAUCCAUUCAUCCACGAUGUCUGGCGUAGUGAGAGGCCCGGCAGGGAACAACGAUUGUCGAAUCUAUGUCGGGAACCUUCCCCCUGACAUUCGCACGAAAGACGUAGAGGAGGUUUUCUACAAGUACGGGGCCAUUCGGGAUAUAGACCUGAAAAACAGGAGAGGUGGACCGCCGUUUGCUUUCAUUGAGUUCGAAGACCCAAGGGACGCGGGCGAUGCAGUUUAUGGCCGGGAUGGAUACGACUAUGACGGCUACAGACUCCGCGUCGAAUUCCCUCGGAGCGGCAGAGGCUCCGGUAGAGGCAGUUUCAGCGGGGUCGGUGGAGCUCCCAGAGGCCGCUAUGGUCCUCCGUCCAGGCGCUCGGAGUACAGGGUUGUUGUGUCCGGUCUCCCUCAGAGUGGCAGCUGGCAGGACUUGAAGGACCACAUGCGUGAAGCGGGCGAUGUGUGUUAUGCCGACGUUUACAGAGAUGGAACCGGUGUUGUAGAGUUUGUGCGCAAAGAAGAUAUGACCUAUGCCGUUCGAAAGCUGGACAACUCCAAAUUCCGCUCGCACGAGGGAGAGACGGCUUACGUUCGCGUGAAAUUAGAUGGUCCUCGCAGCCCCAGUUACGGAAGAUCACGCUCCCGCAGCCGUGGCAGCCGGAGCAGGAGCCGCAGUGUCAGCCGGAGCAGGAGCCGCAGUGAUUCCAGAGGCCGCGGCAGAGCAUCGCCACGCUACUCGCCUCGUCACAGCCGUUCUCGAUCUCGCUCCUAAAAAAACCUGAUGUUUUUUCCGUCCCUCCCAUUUCUUGAUAUACCUUGUUGACGUGAUCCUUCCACUGUUUUUACCUCUCAUGAGUUCCUCCAGAUGUCAGCUGUUGGUUUUUAAUUUUUGUCCCGAUGUCCAUGUGGAUGAGCUUGGUAUGUAGUUGUACCCCCUCCCUCCUUUUUCCUCCCUUUCUCCCCCUUUGUCGUCCUUUUUUCCUUCAAAAUGUGCUUAGCUUCAAAAACAUUGAGUUGUAAGGCACACUCAAAGUUUUUGCAAGUGUAUUUUUGUUUUUUUAUAAGAGGCUUCUCAUUGAAUAUUUGUGGGAGGGCUGUUUUGGACAAAGAGCCCAACCUUUAACUGUAUUUUACCUUGUGUCUUCCUUUAGACAUCUGAAGAGAAGGAUUAAAGUGAUUUGGAAUAAAACCAUUGUGGAGCACAUUUCAUUUGUAUGGUCAGGAUAGGACAGCAGGUCAAGGCAAUGGUAUGCUUUAUAUUCCAUAAAUUUGUUUUGUUUUGUUAGGUUUCUUUGUUGUGCAUGUCAUACUUAAGCAAAGCCACUUGUGCUGCAUUUUGUCAUAGAUGACAAAUUUUAACAUGCCCCUGUGGCCUGUCACAGAGAAAAAGCAUCAAGUGUUGUGAUGUAAGUGUAACAUCUUUGCUGUCAAAUGUAAAAAAAAAAAAAUCUGACUCAAUUCGCAAAAGUAUCCCUCUUAAAUUAGGGAUUCUUUUGUGCUCUGGCAAUUUUUUUAAAACAUGAGUGCUCAUCAAAUUUGGCCCAUAAGCUUGACAUUCUAUUCUAACGGUUUGCCUCUGAUUUUCUUCCUGGUAUUUCAAGGUUUUGAUUGGAGAGGAGUGGCUCAGUGGAUCCCAAUCCUUGGAGCUGGAUGAGUGGAUCGAUUAGGGAAGGGAUAGGCAAGGAUGGAUGCUCGGAACGGGAUCAGUUUUCCAGGAUUUUCAAAUUUGCAGAACUAAUUUUAACGGGAUGUCCCAGAGCAACUUUUUUUUUUUCCUAAUAGCCUGCCACCUGCCUAUCUAAGUUUUUCAGUGAUAAUGGCACUAGUUGACGAGAAAAACAGAGGACCAGGAAGUUGGAUCAAAGGAUGGAAUCGUAGAUGCCUGGUAUGAGGGAAUCAAAAUUUGGGGAGGGUUGGGGUU